CCGGGAAUCAAAGGCAGAGACAUUUCUCUGGUACUCCAACAAAAGGAUAUUGUUUACCUGAUUUACAUUUUAGUAACUGUGAAGAUAUUCGGCCAGACCAAUCAGGGGUGAGGGGGCAGUCAACGCCAUACAAAUAAGCAUCUGCUUUCCUGCAAUUGAACACAUCCGCCAAGAUUUCAUCUGUGUCAGAGGCCGAUGUCCUGGCCCUCAAACAUACUGACGGAGAUUCACAUCUUUGGGAGCAGAAGCACCUCCAUACGAGGGGACAAAAUGUAUGCUGUUUGGGUAGCAGCGCUACUUCUGAUGACUACAAUAUGUCCGAUAUGGGCUGAUAGGCCGGUGGUGGUGUACGCUCAGCAGGGUGGGUCCAUCCAACUGCCCACUAUAGAGAAGACAAAGGCUGGAGAUUACAUGACAUGGUACUUUGGAAUAAAAGAAAAUAAUAUAACCGUUGAGGUAUACAACAAGCACGGCUUGGGCCAAAUCUCAACAAACAAUGUUUGGAAGGACAGGAUCUCUGUAUCUGACCAAAAUGAUUCCCUCAUCAUCAGCAAAGUUACUGCUUUAGAAUUUGGAUUCUUCAGAUAUGAACAGAAAAAUAGGCAGAACACAGUUAACAUUGUGUACAAACUGUACAAGGUAACUCUUACUUCUCCAUCAACUGUUCUCCGUGGGGAGGCUCUGACUCUGAACUGCAAUGUGGAAAAAUCCCAUGUCUCUACAACAAUAACCUGGAUCCCUCCUGAGACGGUGGACAAUACACAAAGGAGAAUUUCUAACUCACAAAGUUUACUGAUUACAAAUUUGUCAUGGCGCGAUAAGGGUGUUUGGACCUGUUUAGUGAAAUAUAAUGAAGCCACCACGAAAGCAACAACCACCAUUCAUGUUGUGGACCUCCUUCCCACCCCCUCGGAGCCCAUCUACACAUCUACCGCCUCCUCUCUCAGUCUGCCCUGCUCCAUCUCCUCCCCAGUGGGGUGGGGGGAGGUCCUGGGAAAGGGCUUACAGAAAGGUGGCUGGACUUUCCUCCCUGCUGCCCUGGGCUCCAAAGAGCCAGGUCAGAUCGCCUCCCUCUCCCUAAACUCCACCCCACGCUGGGACAUCAUGCCAAAAGGAAUGGAUGGCUCUGCCCUGGAGAAAGGACACAAGGGGAACGACCUGUCUUUGAGAAUGAAGCUUGUGACCGUGGCGGACAGGGGUAACUACACCUGUGCGCUGAACUUCCAGAAGGUCAAGCUGGAGCGGACCGUGAGGGUGGAGGUUCUGCAGGUUGUUGCCAGGCCAAGCCAGCGUGCCAUCGAGGGUCAGCAGCUGAAUCUGACCUGCACGCUAGGAUACAGCCUGGACCCUGAGAGUGAGCUGGAAGUGAAGUGGACUCCUCCGAAGGCCGUCUCCCUGGCCGCUCUGGCGUCGACCCCCCACCCCCACACCCUCUCCGUGGAGGCGUCCGUGGGCCACAGUGGGAGGUGGAAGUGUGAGCUGCGGAGGAGAAACGAGACGCUGACAUCUGCAGACGUGUCGCUCAAGAUAGAGAAGCUCCCGGUGGAUGUGUGGCUGUGGGUGGGCAUCGCCAGCACUGGCCUGAUCGUCAUCCUGCUCAUCUUCAUUGCCAGGGCCCUGAUCAAACGGCGCCGACAGCAGAGGACACAGCGGCGUAAGACCAGAUUCUGCUGCUGCAAAAACCCUAAGCCACAAAAAGGAUUCUACAGGACCUGAAGGGAAGAGAGAAAGGACACGUCUUGGAUAAGGAAGUUCUGACAGUGUCAUUGUUGUUGAUGAUGACAAAUUUAAUUAAUGAUUCACAGGACAGAAGGCUAGAGUUUGUUGAGAACCCAUACUCUUAAAAGUACCAUAUACAAGAAACAAAAGCUCAGUGAGUCUGAAGUAAAGUCUAUGAAAAAAACAUUGCUUUCUUUAAAUAUUUUUACUGUUCUCAUUUCUGACAAUAUAUUUCUUACAGCCAUUACUUACUUACAGCAUAGGCUAACUCUUUUAUAUUUAUAUGUACAUAUUUUUUAAUGCUGUAUUAGUUUACAUGUUUAUUUUACCUCUGUGCCUAUUUAAGCUUCACUUUCAAAUAAAAUAGUGUUCUUUUUGUCUCUGAAUUCAGAUUUGUUUUGAAUCUGAAUGAUUCCCAUGCUUACAUAAUAUGUGAAAAGCCAGCUGAAUAUCAAUGAACCCAGGGAUGUUGAGACAGCUGUUAGUCUUUUCGAGUUUCGAGUUUUGCAAUCCAUGCAGUCCUGGAUAGGACAGAAAUUUGUGCUAUACUGAAUAAAAAAUAAAAUAUGGUGGAAAUGUCAUGCUGUGAAAUCA